CGGCGUUUUGCCACUAGUACCCGAGUCUUAGAUCUUCACCAUGUCGGAGACUGCUCCUGCUGCUCCCGCUGCCGCACCUCCUGCGGAAAAGGCCCCAGUCAAGAAGAAGGCUGCUAAAAAGCCGGCUGGGGCGCGCCGGAAGGCCUCCGGGCCCCCGGUGUCCGAGCUCAUCACCAAGGCUGUCGCCGCUUCCAAGGAGCGCAGCGGCGUGUCUCUGGCUGCGCUCAAGAAGGCACUGGCGGCCGCCGGCUACGAUGUGGAGAAGAACAACAGCCGCAUCAAGCUGGGUCUCAAGAGCCUGGUGAGCAAGGGCACCCUGGUGCAGACCAAGGGCACCGGGGCUUCCGGCUCUUUCAAGCUCAACAAGAAGGCGGCCACCGGGGAGGCCAAGCCCAAGGCGAAAAAGGCGGGCGCGGCCAAGCCCAAGAAGGCUGCCGGGGCCGCUAAGAAACCCAAGAAAGCUACGGGCGCGGCUACUCCAAAGAAAACAGCUAAGAAGACCCCGAAGAAAGCGAAGAAGCCGGCCGCAGCUGCUGUGACCAAGAAAGUGGCCAAGAGCCCCAAGAAAGCGAAGGCCGCCAAGCCCAAGAAAGCCGCCAAGAGCGCAGCGAAGGCGGUUAAGCCGAAGGCUGCUAAGCCCAAGGUUGCCAAGCCCAAGAAGGCUGCACCCAAGAAGAAGUAGGUGGUUAACCGUCUGCUUCUAAAACCCAAAACGGCUCUUUUCAGAGCCACCACUAAUCUCAAAAAAAAAGAGCUGUAUACUUUUUCUUUUUGGACUGUAUGCUUAGCCUCUAGACUUUAAGGGUAGGUUUGCGCGGGAGUUAACAGAUGGGUGGCACUACUCGAAUAGCAGUAAAAGCAGGGGAGCGGUUGCUGUGAGGUUGCAGAGUUUGAACCCAUUCCUGUCGGUUGCCCCUUGGCCUGCAGUGUCUUCUGUCAAUCUCCUGGUCAGCAGUUGAAAGCGCUUUCCGCAGGCUUGCGUACUUGGGAUUUCCGCCGGCCCCGCCCCACUCCUGUGAAGAGCAAAAACAACCACCGCUGAACUCGGCCAGUUUCUUAGUCUUAUGGGAUAUUCCGAUUGGACUAAAAACUCAUUCAAAAGUCCCGCCUUGCUCGCCGGUUGGCUCACUCCUCCAGCCUGUGAUUUUUCACCCUGUUUUUAAUUGGAUGGUGAGUGUCCUCCACCCGCGGUCUCUAAUGUUUUGUUUUCUUUCUGUUGGGUUAGCCCUAUUUGCUUGAUAGAGAAAGGUGUUGUAUUUCGGACAUUUUCCAAGUUUUCCAAAGUCAACUUGCUGUCGUGGGGGCGUUGGUAUUCAACCCUGGCAAAAGGGUGGGUAUUGACGCCUUUGCCUCGCAUUCUUAAUUCCUGUUUACUCUGGCAGCAAAGGAACAUUUGAAAAAUGCUACAGCGGUGGCAGUGAUUCUUCCACCAGAAGCAAAGCGGGACCAGGGAUCUUUCUGUUGCUUGGCACUUUUUAACUUUAUAAGCAAAUGUGUGAUGAUUGACAGCAUCAAAAACUACUUUUAGUCCGCCAUUUUGUCCUGGCCGGUCAGUCAAGGAUCCUCCUUUUUGGGAACUUCAACACCUGAAAAUCGUAGAUGCUUUAAACGCCUUUGUGCAAUCCAAAUGUUUCUACGCUAAGCAGUAAAAAAUGUAUAUUGGUAAAGUUUUGAAACGUGUUUAUAUGGGACGGGGUGGCGUUUUUAAUAAAGGACUUUUGUUUUCAUUAA